UUCUCACCAUCCACGUUAAAACUGUGAUAGUGCCACCACCUUAUCUUUUUAAACCAUCCAAUUCCAAAAGGUGAAGAAGAACACUGGUUCAAAUUCAACCAUGGCCGAAACAUAUAUGAACAUGGGCUACACAAUUCUCACACCUCCAAUGAUACCCAUUUUCCCCAAGGAAAUAAACUCCUUAAAAACCAAUCGUUCCGCCAUUGUCAUUGCCGCUAAAGCUUUUAAGUUCUGCAAUUAUCGAAGAGCUCACCGCAUUUCUUGUGCUGCUGCAAGAAGAAGAAUCAGAUAUGAAAACGAUGAUGAUGAAGAAGAAAAAGAAAAUGGGUAUAACGAAGAGAUCGCAAUGCUCGAAAUUUAUAGCCAAUCCGCUAGAGAAGAAGCUCUUAUUGUUCAUGCACUUGUGGAUGAACAAGAAGUUGAGGUUCUUAUUUUCAAGGGGUUUUCAUCGUGUUUGAGCUAUGGGACAUCACCAGAUCCAUCAAAGAGUGUAAUACCAAAAAGAGCAGUGAUAAACUCCAUUGAUAGAAUCAAAGGUCCUUUCGAUCCUUCCAACAUACAAUACAUUGAAAAGGGUCUCGAUUGGGAAUCUUUCAAGUCCCGCUUAGCUUCUACCUAGCAGGAAAAUCAAGAAAAUAAAUAAUAAUCCAAAAAAAAUUGAAAAUCUAGUCAAAUUAUAAUGUUAGUUUGUUCAGUUUCAAAUUUUAUUCAAUUAAAAAAUUGAUUUUAAGAUGUUCAUUCAAUCUAUCAAUUUAAUUUGUUUAAAUUUGAUUUUAUCCAAUACCUCUGUUAUUAAAUAAA